CCGGACGAACGGAACAAAAGUUUUUUUUCCGCUGCUGCCAAGCUCUCUCGCUGUCGCGGCUGCUAUUAUAUUCGCGUAUACGUUGUCGAGUGGCUCUGAAAGAAGUCGUUCCGCGGUGUGGAAAAACUUGGAAAAUUGGGACUUUUUUCGCUGUUUUCCAGCAGUACUUUCUUGGACUGGUUGAAGUAGUUCGUGUGUGACGCAGAAGUCGUAUCGGUGAGAUCAAAUUGCGUGUUUUUCCGUCGAAAUUUGCGAAGAAAAAAGGAAAGUUCGGAACGCAGAAGGCAGAAAUUUUUUUUGUGGUAACUUUUCUGCGGUGGCGGACGCUCUCUUUGUCGCCUGCAGCGAGUGGAAAGGUUUCUCCUUUCAUUGUGGGUUAUUUUUUUCUUUCGUCGGUGAAAACUACGUGGAAAAGUGGCAGGAUAGUCGGAGUUCCGAGUGCGUAUUUGGGGAGGCAAAUCCAGCCUUUGUGGCCUCGAUUGCAUUGCAGCGAAAAGAAAAACCAUAGACUCUCGGUUCGGGACGAGAUCAGUGCUAGGCGAGUGUGUGUGUGUGCGAAGAGCGGAAGUGAGAACAAGGAACAAGAUUUCGUUCCUGGUCGCCGUCGUCGUCGCCUUGCCGUCACGUCACAGUAGUGCCAGUGAAAAGUGCUUCUCCGGAAAAUAAAAGUUGUCCAUACCGGAACGGAUAGAAUCGGUUCAAUAUUUAUUGAAGAAGGAAAUAUUGUUGCAAACCAAAAAAAAACGCCAAGUUUGCUUGGAUUUUGUGUCUUGUUUGUGUUGUGAUCAUUUUUCCGCUUCGUUUCCUCCAGCCAGAGGACUCUGAACUCGUCCGGUUAACUACGAAGUUUGGUGGGACUGAGAUUCUUGUUUUUUUUUUGUUUUCAUUGUUGACACCCAGGAGCCGGAAAAGCAAUCGCAUCCACCAAUGUCAACCGUGUCAGAUCAGCGAAUGAAAGGACAAGGAAAUCACGGUUAUGGUUAUGGCUCGCAGCAGACGACAACUGGUGCACAGUUCCAAUAUCCUCCGUUCAGCGGUGUAGGCGAGACGGCUGCUUGGUCCAAUGGGAACGAAAGUAUAGCUAUAAUCGGUGGAAAUGAUUACAAUAACUCAUGGGGAUCACAACAAAUGAACCACGGUCAUGCUGGUGCUGGUGCCGGAGGACAUUCGCAGAGAAAGCCGUACGAUGACUAUUACCACCGGAAUCAGGGAGUCUACCAAGGUCAGGAUGGAAUUAAGAACGUUGAGCAAGGAAUGCAGGGACUCGGCCUCGGUGCUAUGCACCACGACAGAGAUACAAACCAUCACCCCUCCUCACGCAGUGGCAAUCCACUAUCCAAAUCGGAUCAACAUCACCAGCAGCAAAAGGAAGCUCCCAAAAAGAUGACCUGGGCGUCGAUCGCAUCGCAACCGGCUAAACCGCAAGUGAACACCACGAGUACAACGGUGAAGAAGAAGGGCCCGGGUAUGCCCCCACCACCGAUGGUUCCUGGCAAGCACAAUAUGGACAUCGGUACGUGGGAUUCACCGUCCAAGAACGGACCGAGCGCGAUGGUACCGACACCGACGCCACCGGCUAUUGUUCCACCGCCGUCGAUCGAACCAUCACCCCUAGCCGAUCCGUCGAGCGGCGGCGGCAAGGGACCGACCAGUGUUGCUGCAAUGGUGGCCGGUCAUGCGGGCGGUAGCGGCGGCGGUGGCGGCGGCGGUCAUCACCAGCAUCACCCACAGUCGCAAUAUGCGCAACAGAAUAUGGGACCACCAGCAGGAGCACAUCACGCACGCUGGCCUACUCCUGGUCAGGCACAGAAUCCACUUCCGCAGCAACAAGCACCACAGCAGCAGCAGCAGCAACAACAAGCGCAGAACCAAUCUGCUGGGGGAGGUGGUAAUAUGGUUUCUCAGCAGCAUCAUUCACAGCGAUCUGAUCAUCGUCAGUAUCAACCUCCACAACAAAACACCCGUAACAAUUUCUCUGGACCGCCACCAUCGAUGAACCAGGGAGGGCAAAGCUAUCACCAGCCUCCUCCAUUCCAUCAGCAGCCGCCUUCGAUUCAGCAUCAAUCACAUCCACGUCAAAACCAGAAUCAUCAUGGACCACCACCGGUACAUCAUCAGCAGCAUCAGCAGCAGCAGCAACAACAGGGAGAACGAGGAAACUAUCAGCAACCUCCUCCAUCGCAUCGUCAACCAUUGGAUGACCGACGAGGAGCCAACAACGGUCCUAACAGUUUCCACGAGAACCAGUCUUCUCAGCCUCCACCGCAGCAGCAGCCGCAGUCGCUCCUGGUGCAGCAACAACAAUCUGCACAGACGCAACAGCAACAAUCACAACAACAACAACAACAACAACCCCAACAGCAGCCACCGCAGGCUGCCACGGCGCAAUCUCCUACACCACCAAGCGGCGCAGAACUUGGUGUUGCCAACGCACCAGCACCGAUUCCGAACCUUCUGCAGAGCAAGAACAAUUACAAUCCGCCCACAUUGGAUAUGUUGGAUACGGCGCAUUUAGCUAGGUUCUUCGUAAUCAAAUCCUACUCGGAGGACGACAUCCAUCGCAGCAUCAAGUACGAAAUCUGGUGCUCCACCGAGCACGGAAAUCAACGGCUGGAUCAGGCAUACCGCGAACGCGAGGAAAAGGGCGGUAUGGUGUAUCUGUUCUUUUCGGUUAACGGUUCGGGUCAUUUCUGUGGAAUAGCCCAGAUGAUGACGGCCGUCGAUUAUAACUCCAUUUCGAGCGUUUGGUCGCAGGACAAGUGGAAGGGCACCUUCAAGGUACGCUGGAUCUACGUGAAGGAUGUACCGAACGGACAGCUGCGACACGUUCGGCUGGAGAAUAACGAGAACAAACCGAUCACGAACUCGCGUGACACCCAGGAGGUACCGAAUGCAAAAGGUUUGCAAGCACUGAAGAUUAUUCACAACUACAAGCACACCAUGUCGAUAUUCGACGAUUUUACCCACUACGAGAAACGCCAGCUAGAGGAGGACACCAAGAAACACGACGUACCAUCACAAGGGCCGCCACAGUACAGACCCCAACAAUACGGUGGUGGUGGUGGUGGUGGUGGUGGCUACGAUAGUGGACCGGGCAAGUAUCACAACAACUACAACAAAUAUAACGAUCGUGGUGAUGGCGGUGGCGAUGGCUACAAUUCCCGUGGGGGUUACGAAGGAAGAGGUUAUCAAGGAGGGUAUAACAAGGGUUACGGUGGUUACAACAAUCGUAACCAGUACAACAACCAGGACGGUGGUCGGGGAGGCUAUCAAAGCUACGAUCGACGUAAUAACAACAAUAGCAACAACAGCGGCAACGGUAGUAACAGCGGAGACGAUCGGGAAGGCAGUAGCUAUCAGGACCGCGCGAGGGAUGGCCACGAUGGGGGCUAUAAUAAUCAGCGCAGUGGUGCCUACAGUCGACCGAAUCGUGACUACUAUGGCCGAGACGAUAAUCGUGGUCGUAGCGAUUAUCGUGACGGGGGAAACGAUAACUACAACAGAGCUUCGCGACCGAAUGCCGGUGAUCGAGGUGGUUCGGAUGCCGAAGGUGGUUCCCGGGAUGGUGGCGAUAACAACGGCGGUGGUGGCUAUCGAGGCGGAUCGAGAGACCACUAUCGGGUGGGUAACUAGAGUGCAAGCAAGGAAAUAAAAUUCUCGGUAUCUCGUUCGCAGAACCGCAAUGACCCUCCUGGCCAGCCGAGCGGUGGCGGUAAGCGGACCGUUCAUCCUAGUGACCGCGCAGAGGCUGUCGGACGUGGUGGCGCAGCAACACACAGCAACAAUUGAAUCGGUCGAUCGGUCGGUCGGUUGGCGGCGAGGUAGAACAUCUUUUAACGGUUUGAUUGAUUUAAUUAGGAAUAUCAAGCACCUCCAGGCGUAUUAGAGAACCGAGAGAGACACACGAAGAAGAGCGGUACGAGAGCAAUAAAGACAGAGAUGCAUACCCAAAAAACCACACGCAGGAUUACAAUAAAUCGUAUGGGCGAGGGGGGAGACAACCGAGAGAAAACAAAUACAUUGCUUGGUUUGAGACUCAGAAGAAGAAAAAUUGAAAAUUUAAUAUAUCGAUUGAAACAAUAUUUAAUAAAAGUUAAGAAAAAGUAAAGCUCUUCAUGAAAGUAAAGUUGGGGUGCGUAUCGAACCCAGCUGAUGAGAGAGAAAAAAAGAGGAUGAUUAUGGCUUGUUAAAAUAUUAUAGAACAGAUCAUAUAUAUAUCUAAGUAAAAAAGUAAUCAAACAAAUAAACGUAAAGUUCUUAAGUUUUCUUUUUAUCACAAUAUACAAAAUGAAAAGUAAAGUAAAAAAAAACAGUAAGAGAGUGUUAACAAGAUAAUAUUCCUAAAACAGUUUGAUUUUCUACUUUCUCACGAAUCAAUGCUAGAAAAGAAAACAAUUGAAAAAAUGAAAUAAAAAAAAAUCGCUGCCGUUAGUUAAAGUAAAACCGAUGCAAACUUACAGAAAUUUAUGACAACAAAACAAAAAAAGAUGCACAGUUUUUACGUUUUCUUUUUCAAUUCGCUAGAAUACAGAGCAUGACGGUGAGGUGUUUGCGGAAGCGGAUUGGCUGACAGUGUGAGAGUGCUGCUGCAGAGUAGAUGGAUGAUGGUGGGAGAAUCGACGACCGGAACUCGCUCGCUUUGUCCCCUGCUGGACGGUGGUGACUGGUGACGAGACGACAGUCAUUGCCUCCGGCAGUUUGCGCGAGCGUACAAGUGUGUGCUUUCGAAGCGAAUUUUGGAUACUCAAAGACUGCUUAAACGGAGAAAAUCGAAACGGAAGAAACAACCAAGUGCAACAAAAUAUGUGUUUACUUUCCGAACUGAAAGAAUAUCGAACUAAAUGAAACCAAAACUAAUUAAAACUAGAAAGUGCAACGUUGACUGAAAAGUACUACCCUUUUUUUAAUAGAGACACGAACAAAUUGCCAAGUAUUACGCAGUUCAAACAAGUUCUUUUUUUAACAUGAUGAUUUUGUUUUUCUGUUAAUUUUUUUUUGUAUUUUAGUGUUGUCCAUUUAGCAAAUGCAAAGUAAAAAAAAAACAAACGAAAAGUAUUUCCCGCCACAGUUGAAAGACGCAUCGUCAUUGCCGAACAAAAUAAUUCAAUCACCGAAAUAUGAUUCAUUUUUCUCCGAAAAACCAAUGGGAAGCUACUUUCCGCCGCCGAAGAAAAUGUACACCGCGUAACAAAGGACACAAUGUUCCGUGCUGAAAAUGGACCUUUUUAUCAUUAAACAAACGCAUAUAUGAACACUUUUAUAAGUGGAAACCUAUUUGUGAUACACAUCGUUGGUACUGUGAAUUAAAAAGUGUGAGAAAUCCGUCGAAAGUGCGCCAAACAAAAACAAAACAAAACAAAAAACCGUGUGUAAGUAAUGGACAUUACUCCCGUGCAAGAAGUUGCUCCAUCGUCCGGCCCUGCGGCCGCAGCCGAAUCAAAAACAGUGGGCUGCCAGCUGUCGAGAACCAAAAAAAAAAAAAAAUAGAUAAAUGGUGUCUGAUUUUUCCUUUUUCACUGUAGUUUUGAGAUCAACAUCAACAAUUGUGCUACUUUUAAGCAAACAAGUUCACUAAAAGCAGACAAAACGAAUUAUAACUAAAUAAUCACUACUAGAUGGUCAUUUAGCAAAAAAAAAAUCGCUGUUCACAUUCGUCGGAUCCAAGGUGUUUUAAGACUAAAUCGUAUAGAGAAAAAAAUUAACAAAAAUAUUGAAACAAACACAAUUUUCUAUUUUUGGGGUAUAAUAAUCUUAAGAUAACGUGGUAGAAAAGCGUCGUUUAAAUCAAUACCAUGAGUUCAAAACACACAUACUCCACACAGAAACCAAGCUGAACUAGUUGGGUUUUUUAUACAAACAAUGAGUUUUUUCUGUACAACGUUUCUGCAUACUAUUUCAACGUGCGAUGUUUCCUUAGAUCCUUGUUUGUCAGCGGUAAACUGAAAUUAUACUAUUCAUGGAAACAAAAAAUUGAAAAAAAAAUUAUAAAUCCUGAGCAACUAUAAUCGAACCUCAGUUUUCCCCUAUUUUUUAUCGAACCGAAUAUACUUUAGAUUAGGAGUUUUUGUUUUGUUGUUUAUCACUAUAGAUAAACGAAUAAAUUAACCAGAUAGAAACACAAAAUUCCGCAUCAAACCAAUUUAUUAAUCUCUUUCUUUCUUUACCGAAUCAAUGAAGGCUAACACAUAACCGAGUUAAUUUAACUGCUGCGGCGCGUUGGCUGUUAGGGUACGUAAUCAAUUGACACGAGCAAAACGAAAGUCUGUCUAACAGGAAGAGUGUGGGAGUAUGAUUAAAAAGCAAACUAAGUAACCGUAAGGAACAAACACAUAUAUUCAAACAAACACAAAAUAUAAAGAUUCUAAUUAAGUUUAUGGAGAAACGCGCUGAGACAACAACAAAAAAAAAUAAAGCAAAACAAAUGAAGUAGGAUGCUAUUAUAGUGAAUGAAACCAAUUAAUAUAAAUGUAUAACUAAAAUCUUUGCAAAUACAAAUUACACUGUUGUUUGACGGCUAAAGAAGUGUGCAGAGCGAAAGAAGAAAAAAAAAGAAACACGAUUAACCGAACGCAGAACUAGUGAUGACUAUUGAUACGUGAAAACAGUAUGGAAAACAUGGACCAUACAAACAACAACAACAACAACAAAAUGAAAGGAGAAGAAAAAUGAAUAAUAUACGAAGAAAAAGGAAGCAAGAAUGCAACUACUUCUAAUCGACUAUUAUGAUGAAUUAAGUAAUAAAAAAGCCAAGCAUAAACAAAAUGAUAAUGAUGAUAAUGAUGAUCAUGCAUAUUGGGAGAUGUACAUAGACGUAAGGAAUACAAACAAAUUAAAGAAUUCAUUGAAAAAAGUAAUAAAAGGCAUAUUGAUAAUA